UCAGAGGACGGUGACCCCGAGAGCUUGGUGGCCGGCAAGCAGCAGUCAUUACAAGAGGAAGAUGGCAAGGAGGAUAGUGUGGAGGAGGAGAGUGCCGUGCCGCUGGUCGUGAUGUACAACAAGCGGCGGUACGACGUCAAGGUGGCGCUCUCGGCCAAGAUGGCCAAGCUCAAGGAGGAAAUACAAAAGCUCACUGGGGUCCCGCCACCGAUGCAAAAGCUGAUCUACAAAGGUGCUCCCAAACCAGACAAUACCAAGAGUCUGCUGGAGUUGAAUCUGUUUGCCAACGCCAAGCUCAUGCUGGUCGGCUCCACCCUGGACGAUGUGAUCAACCUAGAAGUCCCCACGCCCGAGCAGCUCAAGAACGACACGCCACAGGCCACGAGAGAGCCAAUCAGUAAACAAAAAGUGCACCAGAAAGUUGUCGAAAAGGGGGUUCCUGAAGACGCCAUCCCAGGAAUCUGCAAUGCCAAAGACUCACUGCCAGCAGCCCCGCUUUCGGGAAUGCGAAAUAAAUCUGGAAGGAAAGUGCGACUCACGUUCAAGCUUGAGCUAGACCAGGUCUGGAUCGGCACGAAAGAGAGGACAGAAAAAAUCAACAUGAACUCUAUUAACCAAGUCAUCAGCGAGGCUAUUGAGGGUCAUGAAGAGUAUCACAUAAUGGCUCUUCAGCUUGGGACAACAGAAGCCUCCCGCUACUGGAUCUACUGGGUUCCCGCGCAGUACGUGGAUGCCAUCAAAGAGACCAUCCUAGGAAAAUAAGCACAGUACCUCAUAAAUUGACUGGAGUCCAGACGCAGGAGAAAAGGGAGAAAGAAAAUAACUGAAAGACGGCCAUGAAGGAAGUAGAACCGAAACGUUCCCGUGCUGAUUCUCCUCUUGUUCUUAUGUUCAUAUUCAGUGUUGAUGACGUCCGAGAGUGAAAGAAAACACUUUGACGAGCAUGAUAUUUUUGCAAUUUUACACUCGGGACAACCCUUUCCUUUCUGUUCUCCGCUGUACGAGUGACGCU